AAACAAAAUAGCUAUAGUGUGCAUAAAUAGAGAAGUUGAACUAGGAGGAAACCACAGGUUUUUGGAAAAUGGAGACUCAAGGCACCAGCUUGCAGGAACCACCCAGGGUUGAGACAGUUGGAGGGAAUUCUGGCACAAGUGAUGUAAUUUGCAAGUGUGGUGAAGGGUGGACAUGCGUCAUUACUAGGACUGAGGGGCCUGAUGCAGGGAAGGCCUUCUUCAAAUGCGGUGAAAAUUGCACCUGUGACAUAUGGGACAGUAGUGGAGACUCGAAUGUGAAGCAAAAGCUAGAGAACUUUAGCGGAGGCGCAUUCUGCAAGUGUGGUGAAGGUUGGAGUUGUGUCAUCUCCAAGAUUGAAGGGCCUAAAGCAGGCAAGGCCUUUUUUGAAUGUGCUGAUGGUUGCACCUGUUCCACUGAAUGACCUUAGCAGAAGAGUGUUCACAUGUAACUACUCCAUGUAUGAUAGCUUGUGGAAAGUCAGCCCAUGAAGGCUUGUGUAGAGCUUCAAUGGGCAUUAUGUCAUGAGAGUUUGCUUUGGCAACUCAAUGAUACAAUCAAACUCAUAGGAUGAGUACUGUGUUAAUAAAAUAAAAAGACUACUAGAAGCUCUCCUCUAUGGACCUUUAUAAGCUUAGUUAUAUAAGAUUAGUGGGUAUUUGUCAAAAUAAAAAUGACAGUUCCAUUCUGCUAA